AUGCCCUCCCCGCGCCGCUCCACCUCGCGCCCUCUCGGCAAGUCCUCCUCCUCCUCCUCCGCCGCCCCCGCCGCGCCGCUGCUGCUCCCCUCCGACGACCCGGCCACGUUCCUGACGCUCAUGGCCGACACGCUGCGGCUGUCGAGCGAGACGCUGACAAUGGCCUACGUGUACAUCCACCGCUACAAGCGCUGGUGCGCCGACACGGACAGCGCCGACAACACCGACGCAGACGCAGACGCAGACGCAGACGCAGACUCACCGCAGUCCCGCGUCUCUGACCUCCUCGACGAACACACCCUCUCCCUCGCCUCCCUCUCCCUCGCCACAAAAGCCACCGAAUCCCCCCGUCGCCUGCGCGAGUUCCUCAUCCCCGCCUACACCCUGCAACACCCCACCUCCGCCCCCCUCACAUUCCCCUCCCCCCUCUACGACGCCCUCCGCUCAACCCUCGUCACGGCCGAGCUCCUCCUCCUGCGCGUCCUCCGCUUCGAGCUGCGCCUGCCCCUGCCCUACGAGUACCUCCCGCGCCUGCUCGAGCGCGCGCUCACGCUCUCCGACCCGCCGUCGGCCGAGGAGGAGCGGCUCGAGUGCCGCGUCGUCGACCUGAAGGACACGGCGCUGGGCCGCGCCGUCUGGGUCAAGGUCGGCGUGGCCAUGACGCGGUACAAGGUUUGCAACUUCUUCCCGCCGCGGGCGGUGGCGGCCGCGUGUGUGUACUAUGUGGCGGUGGUGGAGAGGGGGCUGAGGGCGCCCGGGGGCGCCGAGGUGUGGGUGCGUAGGGUGGCGGGGAGAGGGUGGAGUGGGAGGAUUUUGUGGAUGCGUUGGAGGAGAUUAAGGCUUUGA